AUGCCCGCCAGCAUGUUCAGCAUCGACAACAUCCUGGCCGCCCGGCCGCGCUGCAAGGACGCGGUGCUCCCGGUGGCUCCCAGCGCGGCGGCCCCGGUGGUCUUCCCGGCGCUGCACGGGGACUCGCUGUACGGCGCGGGCGGCACCACCUCCUCGGACUACGGCGCCUUCUACCCGCGUCCCGUGGCCCCCGGGGGCGCGGGCCUCCCGGCGGCGGCGGCGGCGGCGGCGGCGGCGGUCGGCGGCUCCCGCCUCGGCUACAACAGCUACUUCUACGGGCAGCUGCACGUGCAGGCGGCGCCCGUGGGCCCGGCCUGCUGCGGGGCCGUGCCGCCGCUCGGCGCCCAGCAGUGCUCCUGCGUCCCGACGCCCCCAGGCUACGAGGGCCCCGGCUCCGUGCUGGUGUCCCCGGUGCCUCACCAGAUGCUGCCCUACAUGAACGUGGGCACGCUGUCGCGCACCGAGCUGCAGCUGCUCAACCAGCUGCACUGUCGGCGGAAGCGGCGGCACCGCACCAUCUUCACCGACGAGCAGCUCGAAGCCCUGGAGAACCUCUUCCAGGAGACCAAGUACCCGGACGUGGGCACCCGGGAGCAGCUGGCCCGGAAGGUGCACCUCCGGGAGGAGAAGGUGGAGGUCUGGUUUAAGAACCGCCGGGCCAAAUGGAGACGGCAGAAGCGGUCCUCCUCGGAGGAGUCGGAAAACGCCGAGAAGUGGAACAAGGCGUCCUCGAAAGCCUCUCCCGAGAAGAGGGAAGAGGAAGGUAAAAGCGAUUUGGACUCGGACAGCUGACGGCCGCGGGCCGGCUGGGGCGCUUGCCUGACGCCAGGACUUGCACAGACAGACGAUGCUACUUGCACACGCCCUGCCUUGCGGGAGGGAGGGGGUCGAGAAAGCAGCGAGGAGCUAGCUGUAAAUAAUGUACAGGCCCGGGACCGACCGCCGCCGGGGACCGGUGCGCGGGGACCGCAGCCCCGCCGCCCCGGGCUGCCAGCCUGAGCCGCG